GGAAAAGAAACAAUUUUCAAUAUUAUUGCAACUCAAAAAUUCACACUCGGUUUACCUAAUCCCAUAUGAAACUCCUCAAUCUCCGUCUUUCCUCCCAUGUGUGGCUACCAACGGGUAAAAGUUGCAGCUGGGAAUCGCGGGUAGUGAUUGAGAUAUCGAAAAGAUAUUCCUCGUCGUCUAAGCGAUGGCAAGCUCGGCAAGCAAAGGACAAAUACUCGAGAGAAGCAGCAGUGAAAGGAUUGAAAAGCCGUGCAGCAUUUAAACUAAUACAGAUUAAUGAAAAACAUAAAAUAUUUAAACCCGGUCAAAGUGUAGUAGAUUUGGGUUAUGCCCCCGGAUCUUGGUCACAGGUCGCCGUGGACCUCACGCAGCCCAAAGGCCGUGUAGUCGGAGUGGAUAUAAUUCCUGCUCAACCUCCGAAAGGUGUCUCAACAAUCCAAGGAAACUUCCUUUCUCCGCAGAUACAAGCUUACGUCCAAGAAUUCCUACGAAACCCUAAUCGUGGAAGAGCACAGUCUCUCAACCACUUCGACGACGCCGAUCCACGUUCGCAACCACAGGCCGAUAGCGAAGUGGAAGAAACUGAAGGUUACAUUGAUAGGGAACGGAGUGCUAGCUUGCAUAUUGCCCAGGUAGACGGUGGCAAUGAAGAUAUCCCCGAUAUUGCUGUCGCGGAUAAGACGGUUGAUGUGGUUCUAAGCGACAUGAUGAUGAACACGAGCGGAAUGAGCUUUCGAGAUCAUGCCGGAAGCAUGGACCUUUGCAGGGCGGCGCUGGAGUUUAGUUUCAACGUCUUGAAAACGGGAGGUCAUUUCGUUUGCAAGUUUUAUCAAGGUGCUGAAGAUAAAGCACUGGAAAGGCAAUUGAAAGAACUAUUCCAGAACGUCCAUCGGGAAAAGCCAGAAUCUUCUCGUAGCGAAUCGAAAGAAGCAUACUUUAUCGGUUUAAGACGGAAACAUAAUGCCUCCAGAGGUGCCGUUCUGUCGGACCAAUAGUUCAUACCGCCGCUCAAGCUGUAACGGAGCCGUUUACGAUAUACCGUCUGCAACUGGAAAUGGGCAUGGAAAGAAUGUGCGUUGGUCAUUUAUUCUAUGUCCUAAAUCAUUUCUCCAUCGCCUUCUUCGAAAUCGCUCUCCUCGAAGUCAAGGGAAGCUGACGCUUCCUCGGCUGCGCGCUGAAUCUGUGGAAUUUAGUUCCAAGUACGACCUGUUUUCUCAUCUGAAACGGAGACUUACCUCCUUCAGACCGCUCAACUCUUCAACAUAAUCACGUUCAUUCACCGCCUUGCGAACGAAAUCCCACCCCUGUGUCUUAUAGGCAUCCGUUAUAUUACCUGAGCAAGCACUACAACAGUUGUAGCUCUUCCCGGAUACGACCACGUUCGAAAAAUUAGACAAAAACCCUCUGAUUUGAUGGGGGACGAUUCCGAGAGGGUGAUCGGCGUGGCUUUCUUGUUGGAGGGAGGAUGCAGGUGCAGCUGGACCAUUUGGAUGCUGCAAAGUGGACACAAACAACUCAACUAACAAGGCGGAUGCUAUUGCAGCUAUGCCGGGACGAGUCACCGUACACUGUUGGUCUAGCGUUUGGUCCUUAACAGACUGUAACCGAGUUAGCACACAACACAUAUAUAUGAAGAAUUGAGCCAACGACUUACAUCAGCUGGAGCAACAACGUCAUUACAAAAGUAGCAUCCCAGUUCUGUUUCUGGCGCCGAGCUAUUUUCAACGCCGUGACGCAUUACAACAUAUGUGUCGAAACCAAGCGCUGCAUUCAUCACUAUUUUUCCGGUUGCCUUUCCCAUAACGGUUGGUAACCACCGAGCCUCUCGAGUAUCCAACAAAACAAAUAUCGCAUCGUGUUCGUCAACCAGUUUCUUGAGUUCCCGAAAUUCAAGUUCGGCUUUCGAAGCGUCGGUUAUUGGGUGACCCGGCAUUGGGACAGAUAUCACAAAGCCAGAAGCGUCAACACCGGGAUAGAUUUCUUCAAGAGCUGCGGCAGCGCGAAGGGCCUUCUUAGUCCCUCCUCCCAAGCAGUCAUUAAACCCAAACAGUGGCUGUCUAACAGGAUUGGAGAAUGACACUGUGCCAUUAUCUACAAACGUAAUUUUUCGAACACCCCACCCCUGUAUCUUCAGCAUCAGCUAUUGAGCCAUAUACAAGAGAUUUUGCUAUUCUCACCAACAAAUUGCGUGCAACGUAGCUACCCAGAGUUCCUGCACCUAGCAAAAGGCAUUUUGUGUUUUUGAUUUUCUCGAGAUCCAGGUUAGGGCUGAUCCUCCACUUCAUAAGUUUCAAAUUGAGGUCCACUGAUUGAUCAGCCAGCCUGUUUCGUCCCGUUAGAAACACUUUACUUAACAUGGUUUAAAAAUAAUAAUAUGAAAUCUUUAGACAAAC